AUGAAUGCAACAAUAUCUACAUCGAACCCCGCCUCCUAUCCUUCACUUUCUGUACCCACAACCCAGAAUACAGCUCCAAUCAUCGAAUUCCGCUGUCUUUAUACUCACGAUCUCAGAAGAAAGCAGAAAAGAUGGCAAGAUGGCCUCCUACGUUUUCAUACAUUCAACAAACGGGUUAUGGUCUACGAUGUGCCCCGCAAUUACAUUGGGGAUACUCACUGGAGAGACAAAGAUCCUGUGCAGGAUGGUGAUGAGUUUGAACUUGAUAGAGGGGUCUUGAUCCAGGUUGGCGAAAUUGUUGGAAGUACAGAGCAAGAUUUGACGGCAUUAUUGGAGAAGAGGAAGAAGGCAACAGAGAUCCCCUCGAAUGGCGACUCAUUGCCCAUUCAGAAGAUUGUCCACACUGCAAUCGCUCCUUUGUCGCGCCCAACCCAGAUGCUGAGACCGAGACCCUUGACUGCUGUAUUGGGAACGCCUCGAGGACAGAUUGGAAGGGCCCUAGAUCCAUCCAAAUCACCACACGAUCUGCGGAGUGAGGCUAACAACCAAGUCAAGGAAGGCGAGAGGUCAGCGAAAAGGCGGCGAACGGAGGCCGAAAGUGAGAAGAUGGCGACCCGUUCUAAUGCGAAGAGCCUUGCUUAUCCGACUGCCAUCUUAAUAUCAAGCCGUGUGGCGGGCAAAGAGAAUUUCGAGACGGCCAAGCUGAAACCCACCCAUAAAGAUCAAAAGCCGUCAGGAUCUUCUCGGGGAUCUGACGAGAGAAAUUCUAUCCAUAAACGCCAUAAAGUGGAUAGCUAUUCCAAUAACUACUCUACUGAUUCGAGGAAAUGCGGAAAGUAUAAGGGAUGGCAGGAUGAGGCUGUCAAUUGCGAGCCCAUCCAGAUACUUUCUUCUCAAGAAGAGGCUAACCCUUCGGAUCGCCACACAAAGCAGCUCAGCCCGUCCCUGGAAGAAGUUUCAAGCGCAACACCUAUAUACAGUAACGCUCCAGACGUCGGAGAAAAGGUAAACAAGAAGCUUAGUAGAAUAAGUCGGAGAGGCUCAAGCAGCUCGACAGUAGAGGAGGCUGAAAGCUCUACAGGGCAGCGAAAACGAAUGAAGCUUCAGAUAGGCGCUCAAAAACCGCGCCAAAAGCUUAUGUAUAGAGAACUCCUUCCCUUAGAGCCUGCUCCUCUCAUAAAGGACCAUAAAGAAGCAGGACAACGGAGGCCGUCCACCAGCAGUAUUCCUGCGACUAAAAGCAACUCCAAAGAAAAGAGCUGUAAUCGGUCAGGGUACCUUGAUAAGAACCCGCAGCAAGCAGGCGCUCUUAGCAACUUUCCUAAAAAACGAGCUUUGUAUAGCGGAGGAGAAGAUGAAGAAACGAUGGAGACAACGAAAGCUGACGUUCAUGAAAUGAAAAAAAGCAAGCGCAGGGUGUCCGUUGACGAAGCAGAAGUUGAUGACCACAAUGAUAUUCGUCAUCCGUUUGCGGAAGCAGUCCAGCUUCCGAUACCGAAGCCUAAGCCAUCAACUCACAAUACUGACCUUGCUCUGUCAAGAAUGGAUGCCAUGUUAGCCGUCCCUCGGCGGAGCCCACCGAUCCAAAGGGAAGAACAUGUCGUAAAAACCUUUCUCACAAAGACUACGGAUGCACCGACGUUGAUUCCCGAUCUUUCUAUUGUGGCGACGAUGCGUUCUAUGGAGCCCACAGCUCCUCAUGUUGAGACUCAGGUACCACUGUCACAGGACAACCAGCCAGCUCAGGUGAGAACAUUACCAACGGCGUGUGAAAUGGCAAAUGAAAGCAUCGUUAUCUCUUCUCAGCCACCUCCAAGUGGAGCCCCUGACUUGCCGACCAUAAGUCCUCCACAAAUUCUCAAUGCACAGUCCAUACGAAACGAGCUGAUUGAAGAUCCCGCCAGCACGCCAGUAAUGGCAAGGCAGGAAACGAUGCCACCACAGCCAGAAGCCCCUGAAAACGCAUCUCUUCCACCGCAGAAACCACUGCCCAAUUUUAGAAAGCCCACCCGUCGCUCUCCGUUGAAGAAGGCAACUUCAGACAUGUCCAGUAUACGUCCCGCGCCAGAGGCACCUAUCUCAGCAAUUGCCCGCCCUACGCGGCAAGCAUUGAAGCCAAAAGGUGGGGAUUCGACUGAGCAAAUAGCGAACCCCUGGAGCAGAGAAGUAUGGGAUUUGUUUGGCUGUGGUGCUGAUGGUGUCGCUUGCGGAUAUAAAGAAUUUUUAGACAAGCAAGGAUGUGGCUAG